AUAAUUAAGUUGACAGCACCAGAGGCUGAGAGCUACCGGAGCGAUCUCGCGCGAGCGGUUUUCCAAUAGGGCCGGUCUCUCUUCAGACCGUCCCUUAAUAAAUAGAUCUGCGCGGCCUUUCCGUUCUUCGCCUCGUCGGCUUCGCUCCCUCCUUGGAAAAAUUGUUUGCCCUCUUCCUUUUUCCGCCACGUCUGCCUUUCCUCUCUAAGUCCUUGUGCUGAAAUCCACUCAUUCAAUUUUAAUCGCGCUUCUCAUUUGUUUUAGUUUGUUUGAUGAAGGCUUGAAAAUGAUGUCAGCAAUAUGCAAACAAAGGGUUUUUUUGAACAGGGGAUUAUCCUCUAUAUGUUCUCUUAACGCAAUGCCCAAAAGAAGCUUUUCUGAUGUUGAAUUUAAAGAAGGAUCGAAUUCCGGCAGCUGUGAGAUGAAUGAAGUUAUGUCUUCAACGAUAACCAAGGAUGAAGAAUAUGACAUUGCUAUAGUUGGUGGAGGCAUGGUUGGCUUAGCUCUUGCAUGUCGACUAUGUAGCAUGCCAUUGACCAAAGAAUUGAGCGUUGCCAUCAUUGAUAGCAAUCCUGCCUUAAAAUCAAGGGUACACUUUAAGAAAGAUGAGGUACCUCAUCCAAGGGUCAGCACACUGACUCCUGCAACAAUAUCUUUUUUCAAAGAGGUCGGUGCAUGGGAGUACAUAGAGCAACACAGGCAUGCUUAUUUUGAUCAAAUGCAGGUAUGGGAUUACUCUGGUUUGGGUUACACAAGGUAUCAUGCUAGAGAUGUUGGCAAAGAAUACCUUGGUUGUGUAGUGGAGAACAUGGUGCUGUGUGAUGCUCUCUUGUCCUGCUUACAGGAGAAUAUGGACUUUCAGAAGGCAAUACACAAUGCUAGAUUGGCCUCAUUGAAAUUUCCAUCACAAUUUAGAUCCACAAUAACAUCAAAAGAGCAGGUACAACCGAUGGGUGAUUCAUCAAGAGUUGCAUCAUCUGGUAAUACUAUAGAACCAACGCACAAUGGUUCUUCGGUAAAGCUGUGCCUGAGUAAUGGGAAGAACCUCUAUGCAAAAUUAGUAGUAGGAGCUGAUGGCGCCAAGUCACAUGUCAGGGAGAUGGCUGGACUAAAGACAACAGGUUGGAACUAUCCACAGAAUGCGGUCAUUUGUACAGUUGAGCACUCUGUUGAAAACCACUGUGCUUGGCAGAGGUUUUUGCCUUCUGGUCCUAUUGCACUUUUACCUAUUGGUGACAAAUUCAGCAAUAUCGUUUGGACAAUGACUCCAGAAGAAUCUUCAACUCAUAAAUCAAUGACCAGGGAUGCCUUUGUGGAGGCAGUGAAUUAUGCUUUGGAUUAUGGUUAUAGUUCUCACCCUCAAUCAAGUUUUCUUGAUGAAUUUGUGCACAGAAUAUCAUCUUUAUCUGGAUAUGGUACAGCAUCAAUGGCAGAACAUUUCCAGGUGCCACUAAAAGUUACUGAUUUAGUGUCAGAAAGAAUGACAUUUCCUCUGUCAUUAAGGCAUGCUCUUGAAUAUGCUUCCAAAAGGGUGGUUCUCGUUGGUGAUGCAGCACAUGUUGUGCAUCCUUUAGCUGGUCAAGGAGUCAAUUUGGGGUUUGGCGAUGCAGCUGCCUUAUCAGAAGUCAUUGAUGAAGGCCUCCGAGUAGGGGCUGACAUAGGAGAGCUUUCUUUAUUGAAGAGGUAUGAGAGGGAAAGACAGGCUGCUAAUCUCACUAUGAUGGCGGUUCUCGAUGGCUUCCAGAAGGCCUACUUGAUGGAUUUUGCACCACUUAAUUUCUUGAGGGCUGUUGCAUUUCAUGGCGCUCAAUUUAUUACUCCACUGAAAAGAAAUAUAGUUUCCUAUGCAAUGGGCGAGCAAAAAUGGCCUCUUUUCACAUAAGAAGCAAAUAAUGAUGAAAGGAACGGCUAAACAAGUUGGGCAGGAUUUAAUCAGAGAUAAGAAUGAUUGAGCAUUUCUUGCUUUUUUAAAUUUAGAUUUUCCUGAUAGAUGUUGAAUUUUAUAGCUCUUCCUUCUGUUUUCAGAAACUCGAACUUAGAAUAAUAUUUUUCAUCAGUUGGCAUUGUUAUUGUGGAAGCUAUAUUGAAGUUAUUUGACAAGAUAGUGAAAAAAAUAAUGCCAUUGUGAGCUUCAUAU